AUGCACCAUGAUUGCUCCCCUCCGAUUAAUCAUCGUGACAUAUCAAGCAGCAACAUCUUGUUAGAUUCUCAAUUUGAGGCUCAUGUUUCAGACUUUGGGACUGCUAAGCUUUUGGAGCUAGACUCAUCCAAUUGGACUUCCCCUGCAGGCACUUAUGGAUAUAUUGCACCAGAGCUUGCUUAUACAAUGAAGGUAACUGAAAAAUGUGAUGUGCAUAGCUUUGGGGUAUUGGCAAUCGAAGUCAUUAGAGGAAAGCAUCCCGAUGAUUUCAUCUCCUCACUAUCAUCGCCGUUAGCUGUGGAGAACAUACAGGUGAAAGAUGUGUUGGACCAACGCCUUCCAUUUCCAACAGUUCAAGUUGAGAAUGAACUAAUAUUAGUUGUACAGCUUGCCAUGAAAUGCUUAAAUGUCUGUCCACAAUCAAGGCUGCCGAUGAACAUGAUUUCUAAAGUGUUAUCGACCAAUAUUAAUGCACAUUCCUAG